UGGGCUGAGCUGCCUGGUGCUGCGCUUGGGCGCUGCAGCCCCUGAGCCCCGCACUCAGCUUCAUUAGUUCCAUGAUGGUCCAUCAGCGCUGGGGCCCCUCUCCGCUGCAGGCCCCGUACAGCCCCGCACUAAGCGCGCUCCUGCCACCGCCGCCGCCGCCACACAGCUAUAGAGGCGGCUCGUGAGGAUUUGUCAGCCAGAUGUGACAAGAUUGUCAAGAGGCUGGGUGAGGAAAAAGUGAGAGAGAGAGGGAGGGAGAGAGAGAGAGGAAGAGAGAGAGAGAGAGAGGCAGAGUGUGGGGGAGAAUCUGAUAUUAAUCAGUGCAUAGCUCGAAGCCAAACUUUCUCAGACGCAGUGUACUAACAUGUUCCUCUCAUUUACUGCCUGUCUUUGUGGUCUGUGAGCUGCCACUGUCUCCACACUGCGAGCGGCAGAGGUGGUGGGUAGAAGCAGUUAGGGGCUUUUUUUGUUUGUUUGUUUGUUUGUUUUUGUGCGUACCCACCUGCUUUUGGGAUCAGUUUCAUGGGCAUAGAUGUUCAACACAAAGCUUCACAUGGAGAUCCAGGCUAUUUGCUGUACCUUGGUGAACUGUAAUUGUGAUAGUUUCAAACCUGGGAAACUGAAGAGGCGACAGUGUGAAAAUUGCAAGCAUGGAUGGGUAGCUCAUGCACUGAGUAAAUUGAAGGUGCACCACAUGUACCAGGGCAGUCAAGUGGAGAUUGUCCACUCCAAUGUGGUGUUUGACAUCUGCAGUCUGAUGCUGUAUGGGACGCAGGCCAUCCCGGUGCGCCUCAAGAUCCUACUGGACCGCCUCUUCAGCGUUCUCAAGCAGGAAGAAGUCAUCCAGAUCCUCAAUGCACUAGACUGGACCCUCCAGGAUUACAUCCGGGGAUAUGUUCUUCAGGAUGUGGCAGGGAAAGUGCUGGACCGCUGGGCUAUUAUGACCUUUGAAGAGGAGAUUGCCACAUUGCAGCAAUUUCUGCGCUUUGGAGAAACCAAGUCCAUUGUGGAGCUGAUGGCUCUCCAGGACAAAGAGAGCCAGUCCGUCAUCGUUCCAAGCACCCGCACCAACUCCGACAUCCGGACCUUCAUCGAGAACAGCACACCACGCAGCCCCAACCUGCCCAUCAAGGUGGAGAAGCCCAGCGCGGGCCAUGUGCACCACUUUGAGAACUUCAUCAACAGCAUGGCGUUCAUGCUGCCCUUCCAGCUGCUGAACUCGGUGCCCGCUCCGCUCCUGGGCUCGCCGCCAGACGCGCUCCAGCUGGACGCGGCGCAGCGGCAGGAGCAGCAGGGCCGGCUGGACGAGUCGGGCCCGCCAGGGGAGAGCAGCCUCCUCGGCUCCAGCUCGGCCUCCUUCGCCUCCGACCUGGAGCGCACCGACAACUCCCUGGAGGCUGGCAUCGCCAAGAAAGAAGCGGAGGACUUCCCCACCAGCGACAACUACUCGGACGGCCCGGCCACCCCGUGCAUGUCCUCCGUGAGCUCGGAGGUCAACCAGAUGUCCCCGGACAACAGAAUGAGGUCCCUGGAGAAGAGUGGCGGCCUGAAGAAGGGCCGCGUGUACUGCAGCGCCUGCGAGAAGACCUUCUACGACAAGGGCACGCUGAAGAUCCACUACAACGCCGUCCACCUGAAGAUUAAGCACAAGUGCACCAUCGAGGGCUGCAACAUGGUCUUCAGCUCGCUGCGCAGCCGCAACCGCCACAGCGCCAACCCCAACCCCCGUCUGCACAUGCCCAUGAACCGCAACAACCGCGACAAGGACCUGCGCCACACCGGCUCCCCCUCCGAGGUGAAAAGCGAAAAGCGGGCCGAAUAUGGCGCCAUCUCCACCAGCGUCGAGAGCCGCUCGGUCACCAGCUACAUGGUCAACAAUGCGGACACCAAGCUCCAGAGCAGCUUCCCCAACAUCAGCCAGAGCGGCAUCCUCUUCCCCAACCUGAAGACGGUGCAACCCGUGCUGCCCUUCUACCGUAGCCUAGUCACCCCAGCCGAGCUGGCCAACACCCCAGGAACCCUCCCCUCACUGCCCCUCAUCUCCUCCUCCGUCCCCAUGAAGCCAGUGGUCAGCGAGGCGUCCUCAGAACCAGUACCAAAGAAGAAAUCGCGCAAGUCCAGCAUGCCCAUCAAGAUCGAGAAGGAGGCGGUGGAGGACAUGGAGGAGCUGGCCGACGGCAGCGACUCGGACGACGAGGCUCCUCAGGCCGGCCGAGAAAUCGAGGAGUCUGAGGGCAGAGGUCGGGCAUGCAGGCGACAGAUAUGCAGCGACAGCGAUGAUCAAGGGCUGGACUCACACUUGGAGAGGGAACACCCAUCGAGCGCUUUGAAGAGGCCCUUCGGCUUCAUGCAGGACUCAAACGCCGACAUGGACCGCGGCAAGGAGGAGGACGGCUCAUACUAUGCUGACGAGGGGCCGAGGCACAGCGCGGAGGGCAGCGUGAUCACCUGCACAUCGCCUAAACUACGAGAGCACCACAAUCACAGCAGCAACAGCAUGCCUGAGUCCGAGGAGGACGGCUGCGCUAACAAGCAGAUGCAAGAGAAGGCCUGCGACUCCAUCUACGCUGACAGCAAUCACAGGGUGAGCAAUGGUCCGCUCUUUCAAAAACUCGCAGAUGAGAAAGACGACAGUGAUGUCUGCGCUGAAGAGUACAGCAAUCGCGACGCAGACACCGACCCUCACUCUAUGUGCAUGGACAAUAAAGACGACCAGCUCCACCACUGUGAGAUCUGCAAUAAAACUUUCAAAAAUCCGUACAGCGUCAAAAUGCAUUACCGGAACGUACACCUGAAGGAGAUGCACCUGUGCACUGUUGAUGGCUGCAAUGCUGCUUUUCCUUCCCGGAGAAGCAGAGACAGGCACAGCGCCAACUUAAACCUCCACCACAAGCUGUUGACCAAAGAUCACUAUGGAGCGUCCAGCACAAUCUAUUCCACGUCCUCUCUUUGCAGGGAAAUUGCCAGUGACUUCCGGCAAGAUUUCUCCACGAAAGACCCCGUUGGGCAGACGUCCGUGAUCUUUAAGGGCCACAAUCGCAUGGGCCUGGUCUUCCCCAUGAGCAAGACGGCCGAGAGCACGGAGCACCCAGCGGAGGCAUCGGUAGAGGACGAGGCGGUGCUGGACCUGAGCACCACGGCUGCCUCCCGCGGCAGCGGCCACUCGUCCUGGGACUCGGACGUGGGCAGUGAGGAGGGAGUGGCCCUGGAGGACAGCGAUGAGAGCUGUGACGGACUGAGCCUGGGGCCGGGUGAGAGCCUGGGCACGGAGCUGACGGAGCGCUCCCCUGGGUCCCACACUCCACAGCUGCAGGCCAGCUCCCCCAUCACCUGCCAACUCUGCCAGAAGGUGUACAGCAACAAAGGCACCUUCAGGGCACACUACAAGACAGUUCAUCUCCGUCUGCUGCACAAGUGCAAGGUUCCAGGCUGUGACACCACAUUCUCUUCAGUCAGGAGCCGGAACCGGCACAGUCAGAACCCUAACUUACACAGGAACAUGACUGUAAGCACUGCUCAUGAACAAGAGUAGGCUUUA